AUGGCUGCGCCCACCAUUCGCAUCCAGGCUGCCGUGACUCUGGCACUCCUCCUCUCAGCUCUGAUUAUUCCCCCCGCGUCUGCCAUACGGUUGGGGAUGCGAACGCAAGUUUUGGCAUCGGUGAACGGCCCUCUGGUGAUGUGUGGCUCUGGCGAGACUGAGGGGUCAGCCCAGCUGGAGCUCGUGAGAAGGGGACUUGCUCUCUUCCUCACCUACAAGCUCACCACCCAGGCCGGCACGCGCCCCUCCUCCAAGCCCCACCUCCUCACCGCCAACCCCUGCCCCUCCUCCUCCUCCACCACCUCCACUGCCACCGCCGCCUCUCUCACCCUCGACCCGGCUCUCUCGGCUCAGCUCGGCUCCUCUCUCACAGCCAAUCCCCUCAACGCCACCGCGGGCGCCGCUGCUGGAGCCUCAGCCAGCCUUCUUAACACCUCCGCGGGUGUUGGUGCCACAGUGGGGGCGUCUCUUCCCAACGGAACGGUGGAUGCGGCAGGAGGUGUCUCGGCUUCUACCAGCCUGAUGGGCACAUCUGCUGGUGUUGGCGCUACCAUUGGAGCGUCUCUUCCCAACGGAAUGGUGAACACAGCAGGAGGUGUCUCGGCGUCUACCGCGCUGCUCAACACAUCUGCAGGGGUGGGCGCUGGUGCCGUCGUCUCUCUCCCCAACGGCUCUGUCGCUGCAGCGGGUGAUCUCUCUGCUUCCACCGCCCUCCUCAACACAUCCGCUGGUGUUGGCACCACCGUUGGCGUCUCCCUUCCCAACGGCACUCUCUCAGGAUCCGGUUCUCUCGCUGCCUCCACCGGCCUCCUCAACACAUCCGCCGGGGUAGGAGCCACGGCCGGGGUCUCCCUUCCCAACGGCACUGUCGGUGCAACGGGCGGCGUUGCUGCGUCCACGGGGCUGCUCAACACGUCUGCUGGUGUUUGCGCCAGCAUUGGCGCUUCCCUUCCCACCGGCUCUGCCUCAGCAGCAGGAGGCCUCACUGCCUCCUCCAGUCUCCUCAACACGUCAGCCGGCGUGGGAGCAGGAGUGGGCGUGUCUCUCCCCAAUGGCUCUCUCUCCGGCUCUGCCUCCCUUGGAGCCUCCUCCCCUCUCCUCAACACCUCAGCCGGAGCCGGUGGUGCCGUCAACGCAGGCUCGGGCGGCAUCAACGCCAACCUCGGAGCCUCGACGAACCUCGGAGGCUCGGUCUCCGGCCUCAUCUCCGGCGUGGGCGGGGCUGUGGGGAGCCUCGUUGGCUCGGCGGGGAACAUGGCAGGCUCGGUGGUAGGCUCGGUGGGCAACAUGGGAGCCUCGGUUGCAGUCUCUCUCUCCCCGAUUGCGGUGCUGAGCGGUGCGUGGGUGGGUACCAGUGGUGGCACCUACGCCAUGGUCGGGCAGACUCGAGUGUCGGCAGCGCUGGCGUCUGCCCUCGUGACCCGCAUGUCCACCAACAUGCCUAUCUUCCUGCACGUGCGCGUCGGGGCACAGGGCACCCUUGUGGCCAGGAUGGAGUAG